AUGGAGUUGGUUGAAUUCAAUCUCCCAAACAUCCUUGAGCUUGUGAGAAAUGAAUUACAAUACAAGAAGCCUCGAAAUCGAUGCCUGCCUGAAUUUGGGAAUGAUGAAUCAAACACUACCAUCAAUGCAGAGCUGGUGACCAUCUUUGACGAGCGGUUCGAAUUCAGUUCACCAAGCCCUGUGGCAUUGACGGAUUACACACUAGAUUUGCCUCGUGUUCAAAAUAUCUAUGAGUUUCAUACCACAGAUAUACGAGUGAAAGUUGACGCUGACAAUCUUCUCGUGAGACUAUUGCAAAAGCGCAAACAACCCAAUACGAUCCUUCUUCUGUUCACAUGCCCGAAUAUGCAAGUCAAACCGUCUAGCGAUGGUAGUCUUCUGAUGCAUUCGCUUCGACAAGUCGCCACAUUGUUGAUGUAUUCACUGCCACGAGCCGACCGCAAUGACUUAAUUAUAUCUGAUCCAGAAUUAUUUAUUCGGCUCGAUCCCGAGACGGAGUCUGUGCACAUAGCUUUUCACAUGAUUCUUAAAGCGAGAUUCACCCCGUUUAAGGCUUUGCUCCCGGAUGCUGCAGAGAAAGUAAAGAGUAUUGCAUACGAGUAUUUUGAGAAUGAUCCUGUUGAUGAUGAUGGUGGCAAUGCAAAAUUCAGCCGUGAUUUUACCACCAAUGGUGAAGAGGUUACAGCCCAACUAUUCUAUCUGGCUGUUAGCGCGUAUACUGCGCAAAUGACUCCCGUCCCUGCAGAUCAUUUCAACAUCCCUGAGCUUGAAACGGAAUUAUUACCUUUUCAACGUACUACAGUUGAGUGGAUGCUACGCAAGGAAAAUGUGCGGUUUGAUAAGGAAACAUCGCGAUGCAAGCCAAUCCCUUUGACGUCUAAUCAAGAUCAUCAUCUUCUUGACGAGUAUUUGUCUGGCGAACGCGUUAAAUUAGAUUUGAUUGACCGGCUUUUGCUUAACACAUUAGCCAAGCUUUCAUUUGGCUGGGAAAGAGUCAAGUAUGGCGCUCAGCUGCAAUUCUACUAUAACAAAUACACCGCCCAAGUUGUUUCACGGAAGUCUGCAGCUUUGUUUGUACAAAGUUUACGAAAGAGCUCUAAGAACUGGCAACAUCUUCCUGCACAAGGCUUACUUGCUGAAGAGAUGGGCCUUGGAAAAACAGUGGAGGUUGCGGCAACCAUACUAAUGAAUAAACGACCUGAGGAUGAGGUUCUGGAAGUCUUUCAAUACCAACACACAACUUACGGAAAACCCAAAACGGUAAUAAAAGCCCGCACGACAUUAAUCAUUGCGCCUGAACUGAUUCUCAAGCAGUGGGUCCUGGAAAUGGAACGUUUGGCUCCUCUGUUGGCAGUAACUGUGUACAAAGGCAUUGGGGAAUACCCAAAACUCGGGGAUCUGCCAGCGCUCAUUGCAGAAUACCUCCGUCGUUUUGAUGUUGUAUUUACGACUUAUCAAACGAUAUCGCGCGAGUUGGAUCACGCUAAGUUCUCGUCUCAAAAACGAACUACGCGCAAUAGCAUUAAGGAAGACGAGAAAUACAGUCAAUACUUUACUGGAAAGAGACCUCGAUUGGAUGAAGAGCCAGUAAAUCUGCCAGAGGUCACAGAAGAGGAUGAGGACGAAAAGGCUCUUGAGUUAUAUCGAGACAUGUUUCAGAUUCUGAUAUCGCUGAUUAAACCUUCAGUUGCCAAUCAAAGGCUGGGAAAUCCGCGAGGUCCCACAGAUUAUGAGAAGGCACUACAGGAUGAGAUAGAAGCUGCGAUUACCCACAAUAGAAUCCCUGAGAUCUAUAAGCUGAAAGAUCACGAACUGCCGUUAAUGCUCUCACAAUUUUGGCGGGUGAUUCUCGAUGAAGUCCAAAUGGUGAGUUCCAAAGUGUCUCGAGCGUUCCAAAGUGCUGCUCUCAUUCCUCGGUUUCAUGCCUGGGGUGUUUCUGGUACUCCAAUGAAAAAACUGCUUCAAGAUCUCCAUCUGAUUUUGCAGUUCUUGAGGUAUUCUCCAUUCAACGGCGACGCCAAAAAAGCCUGGGAAUGUUUAGUUUCCUACCCCCACGAGUUUGUACAACUAUGGACUACGAUAGCGAUUCGUCACACGAAGGCUAUGGUACAUAAUGAUAUUCAAUUACCUCCUCAGCAACGUGUGGUAAUGACCCGUGAGUUUCUGGCCGUGGAGCAGGAACUGUAUAACCAAAUGUUUGAGGAAUGCUUGAGUACCUUAUGCAUGGAUAUCAACGGAAAUCCGAUCACCGAAUCAUGGGAGUCGACACCACUGAUGUUGAUGUACAUGCGUUUGUGGCUCCAACGGUUGAGGCAACAUUGUGGACUGCCUCAAAUAGGGAACCUCCACGUCAAUCUGAAGAGGUAUAAACGAGUGCAUACGAAUAUGGUUAAUGUUGUGCAGCAAUUGAGUAGCUUGGAUAAGUUGUUGGAAGACAUGUUGGCCCAAAGUUUGACGGAAAUUAAUGACGAUGAGCGGCAGAUAAUAAAUUUGUUUACCGAUAUUGCCGAAUUCUUUGAGUUUGUGUUUAUGCCUCGCGUGGCGCUCAAGUUUUUGAAAGUUGGGGCUACUCAAGUGGAGAAAAUCUUAUACCGACUUCAAGCACAACUUGAGCGGGAAGUGAAAAAAAAUGAAGACUCCCGAGCUAAUGGCUCACGUUUGUUGAUUCGCCUGUGGCGAGUCAUCUUGCACAAAUUCCUCUUUUUGAUUGGUUCAGCACAUUUUCAACUUUAUGACCCGGAUUAUCUCAAGCUUACUGCUCAACACAGACCGACUGUGAUCUUACCCCAAUUACACUUAUUGGAUUACUCGAAAAAAAGGCAUGCCGAGAUUAUUUGUGAACUUGCCAAGGUGCCUCUUGACAACUUGAAUCUUGCUUCAUCGGCCAUUGAUGUCAAUAUUUCCGCUGACGACGCCCGGAAUGCUGAAUACGAGUUCUAUGAACGCGCUGAAGACCUUCGUCGUGAACUUCUUAGUCUGUCAAUGGCAAAUGUAGAGCAAGCUGUGCGCACUCGUUUGGGGCAACGAAAGUUAUACUUUAAUGCUGAGGAGGACCAUUUUGAUUAUGGUGCUACUCUAUUCCCUAAAGAGAAAAAUCGUGCAAUUCUCAGGAUACCUAUCAUGAAAUUUGAUGCAGCCUCAUGCGAUAUACCGAACUAUGAGGUGAAAGUUAUAGUUGACCAAACGGCUCGCCUAGUUGAACAAUUGAAUCGAGAAGCUCUGCUAAUCAAUCAGUGGGUGCAAAAGCUUGUGGAGACUUUGAAAGAGCCAUUGGUGGGUGCUACUAGCGACCCAAGUGGUAAGGAAUUUGAACAACUGUUAGUUGAUCAGGAUAAAGUGCAAUGCUUGCUUGUUGUUCUUGAUAGAAUGCUUGCAGCUCGAAAACAAUGGAUUUACGGUAUUGAGGAGACGGAAACAAAAAGACCACGUCGAAAGGAGACACCCCAGGUAGAUGACGAUCAAUACCUUGCAUCACUUGAGAAAUCGGCGGACGAAGUUCGUCCCGUAGUCAAAGUUCUGCUUCAAGAGAUGGUCGAGGCUUUAAAAGUCACAGUGACAGAGAACGUCUCCUCUGAUCAACUUUCACAACAACUUGGGGUUUUCUUGGAGAAUCAAAAAGCAGCCCUUGCUCUGGUCACCCGGGAACUCACCGUGCACUGCAAUGCCGUCUUUAAUGCCCGGAUCGAGUAUUUCAAACAAUUGCAGCAAAUCUCAGACUCUGUGAAGGACACUGAUUGGCAAAUGUCUCAAACCGACCUCACCGAUCUGGCUGUGAGUGCAAAAUUGACACUGAUGUUGGCUCUUUAUCUGGGUUAUGAAGAUGCUUUGGGAAAACUGAUAGGGAGAUUUCGAUAUCUCAAUUCGCUUUUUGUUUCUAAAGAUGCUCUGAAGACCGAAUUAGAGGAGCAAAUGAUGUGCGUUAUUUGUCGUGGUGUGAUAACCAUUGGUCUGUUGACGGCAUGUGGUCAUAAGUACUGCAAGGAUUGUCUUUCGGAAUGGCUUCAUGCCCAUAGCAAAUGCCCCAUGUGCAACAGGCUAAUUCAAGUCAAUCAGGUUUACAACUUUACCCAUACUAAACCUGAAUUAAAAGCUCAAUUGGUUGAAGACGUUGGCGGUUCCCAAAAAGACAAACUAUACCUGAUAUACAAACCACUUCCGAAAGAUCAAAUCGCUGCAAUCGACCAAAUGCAGUUGAAAAACCAGUAUUCAACAAAGGUAGACAUGAUUGUGCGCCAGGUACUUUACUUGAGAUCCAAAGAUCCUCAAGUUCAAAUCGUCAUAUUCCUGCAGUGGCAAGAUAUGUUGUAUAUCUUGGGUACAGCUUUCAGAGCAAAUGACAUCACAUUUUUGGGGUCUUUCGGUGCCUUGGUACCAGACACAGGCAUGGGGCGUCCUCAUAAGCGCUACGACCCGGUGGAGCAAUUCAAAGCUAAAGACAGUAAUAUAACAUGCUUCUUGCUCAACGCACGUGCCCAAGCGAGUGGGCUAACGUUGGUGAAUGCCACUCAUGUGUUUCUUUGCGAGCCUCUUGUGAACACCCUGUUAGAGCUACAAGCCAUUCUGCGAAUUCAUCGUAUCGGUCAAACGAAACCCACCUCAGUGUGGAUGUUCGUUAUCGAGAAUACAGUGGAAGAACUGAUUGCAGUGAUGGCGGCGAACCGUCGUCUUGAAUAUCUCAACAGCGGUCGUAAUAACAGUACUGAGUCUAAUGCUGACGAACAACGUUUGACAGAAGCCGAAAGUAUGGUUCUCAUGAAUAGCGAGGGCAUCGAUGCUAUGGUUCUGAAACGGCCAACGCAGGGUGAAACUGUGCUGAACGUCGAUUUAUGGCAUGCGUUUUUCGCUGCUCGCACGCAGAAACAACCGAUAGCGCCAUCCACGAUAUAA